AAAUACAUCUAUUCCCUAUAUACUUUAACCCCACCAACCAAAGUCUAAACCACAGUCCACAAACAUAAUUUUAUUCCAUACCAUCAAAUUCUAGGUGUAAUUAGCCAUGAAAAACUCAUCCUUAUUGAAGAAUCAAGAAGUAUUCUUCUUACAAAAUCUUCAUAAUGCUCAUGUUUCUGGUAGCACCUAGAACUAAUUUUAUACCCAAGCCAUUAUCAUACGUGCGAGGUUUCUCUCAACUACCUCGCACGUGCGGUAAACCCCUGCCAACUCAUCCGCCAAUAUUCUCUCUCCUACCCCAACACAGUCCCCAUCCACAUUUUACACAUACACACCGAGUUCUUCCCCGAGUCAUAACCAACCGAGUUGACUCAACUCAGUUCACUCAGAACUCGGAGAAGAAGAACAACACGAAAAAAAUGGAAGAAGUAGCAGUUGAUCCUGCAAAAUUACGAGCCGAUUUUCUUCAACUACUUCGCAGCCGUCGAUCUUCUGAAGUUCCUUUACGAGUUGAACUUGCAAAGCCUGUGUUGAAUCCAAUGUAUCAAGACAAUCCGCCACCGCCACCAAGUUUUCGUGAGGCAAUGGAAUCAUGUCCUAAAGCAGAUAUCGAAAAUCUUAAGGAUUUGCUUGUAGAGGAGAACCUUUACUUGUACACUGAGGCCUCUGAGCAGGGACGUUUACCUGUUUUGAUUGUGAGCAUGAAGCAAAGUGGUGAGUCAAAGAGGCCAGCCAUUGUUCUCCUGCACAGCACACACAAGUGUAAAGAAUGGUUACGGCCUUUGCUUGAGGCAUACGCCUCACGUGGGUAUAUUGCUGUUGCCAUUGAUUCCCGCUACCAUGGUGAACGUGCAGAUAGUCUAACAACGUAUAGAGAUGCACUUGUAUCAUCAUGGAAAAAGGGUGACACUAUGCCGUUCAUAUUCGAUACGGUAUGGGAUCUGAUAAAGCUCGCUGAUUAUCUUACUGAUCAGAGGAAUGAUAUCGAUUCUGCAAGGAUUGGAAUCACUGGCGAGUCACUUGGAGGAAUGCAUGCGUGGUUUGCGGCCUUUGCUGAUACACGCUAUGCUGUGGUUUCCCCUCUCAUAGGAGUCCAGGGGUUUCGGUGGGCCAUAGACAAUGACCAAUGGCAGGGUCGUGUAGAUAGUAUCAAGGCUGUCUUUGAAGAAGCCAGUGCUGAUUUGGGCAAGAGUGUAAUAGACAAAGAAGUAGUUGAAAAGGUUUGGGACAGGAUUGCUCCUGGUCUAGCAUCAGAAUUUGAUGCACCUUACACAAUUCCAGCCAUAGCUCCUCGUCCUCUGCUAAUAUUGAAUGGUGCAGAUGAUCCUCGAUGCCCACUUGCUGGUCUAGAAACACCUAAAUUGAGAGCACAAGAGGCAUAUGAAGCAUAUCAUUCUGAUGAUUUCAAGCUCAUAGCAGAACCCGGAGUAGGACACCGUGUGACGCCUUCUAUGGUCAAAGAGGCUAGUGAUUGGUUUGACAGAUAUCUCUAGAGCCAGCAUUGAGGAGUAUGUUGAUUUUAUUUCAUACCUUUUUCUUAGUGGGCAGAAAUGAAUUGCACAAAUUUGACGGAGACGCGGAGUAACUAAUUUGACGGAAUAAGUGAAGCUAUCUUAAAUGAUGAAGCAACUGAAGUAUCAUAUAUAAGUCUAUGCUUAUCUUUGAUCAUAUGAUAUAAGAAGGAUAUCAUUGUUGUUUGUCAGAUGUAUCAUCAUUGUUGUUUAUCAGAUGUAUCAUCAUUGUUGCAGUUCAUUGCGCGACAAACUGUUGAAACAUCUAUCAUCAUUGUUCUAUGUUUUCAUUUGCUUUUGUAUGCUGGAAAAAGUCUUGAAUCUUAUGUAAAAGAAAAGAAAGCAGUGACUUGGUUCUGGUGUACUUUGUGUAUAAGCUGCUGUAUAACAAUAAAUUUCUUGAAAGAAUUUGUAACAGCAAUAACCUUUGCGAACUAACUUAGGAAUUUUGAUGGCA